AUGGCUAGCACAAGAACGGAGACCGAUGCCUUUGGACCCGUGGAGGUGGCAUCGGACAGGUACUGGGGUGCGCAGACCCAGAGGUCGCUGGGCAACUUCAACAUCAACUUGCCGCAGGAGAAGAUGCCCGAGGGUGUGGUGAGAGCGUUCGGUAUCCUCAAGGGAGCUGCUGCUACCGUCAACAUGAAAUACGGCCUAGAUCCCAAACUCGGUGAAGCCAUCCAGCAAGCCGCCUCCGAAGUUGCAAGUCUCAAGCUCGUUGACCACUUCCCUCUCUCCGUGUUCCAGACCGGGUCUGGCACCCAGUCCAAUAUGAACGCCAACGAGGUCAUCUCAAAUCGUGCCAUCGAGAUCCUGGGCGGAACCAUGGGAAGCAAGAAGCCGGUACAUCCCAAUGACCAUGUCAACAUGUCUGCCUCGUCCAAUGAUACCUUCCCUACUGUCAUGCACAUUGCUGCUGUUCUUGAGUUCGAGCAGAAGCUCCUGCCUGCCCUCACCCGCAUGCGCGACACUCUCAAGCAGAAGUCACAAGCGUUCGAGAAGAUCAUCAAGAUUGGCCGGACACAUCUGCAGGAUGCUACGCCCUUGACGCUUGGGCAGGAGUUUGGCGGCUAUGUUGCUCAGCUUGACCGCAACAUCGAGCGCAUCAAUGCUUCAUUACCUCACCUCAGACAGCUCGCACAGGGCGGCACAGCCGUUGGCACCGGUCUCAACACGUUCGAGGGCUUUGCCGAAGGUGUUGCGGAGGAGGUCAGCAAGUUGACCGGCACCAAGUUCAUUACAGCACCCAACAAGUUUGAGGUCCUCGCUGCCCACGACUCCAUUGUUGAGGCUUCUGGAUCUCUCAAUACGCUCGCUUGCAGUCUCUUCAAAAUAGCCCAGGAUAUUCGAUAUCUUGGCUCUGGUCCCCGCUGCGGUCUUGGGGAACUCAUCCUUCCCGAGAACGAACCUGGCAGCAGUAUCAUGCCCGGCAAGGUCAAUCCCACACAGUGUGAGGCCAUGACCAUGGUCGCGGCUCAGGUAAUGGGCAACCACGUCGCUACCACUGUGGGCGGCAUGAGCGGCCAGUUUGAGCUCAACGUUUUCAAGCCUGUGAUGAUCAAGAACCUGAUGCACUCUUCCCGAUUGCUUACCGAUACCAUGAAUAGCUUUGUCGACCAUCUGCUGGAGGGCCUGCAGGCUGACGAGAAGCGCAUCUCCGCGCUACUCAAUGAAAGUCUGAUGCUGGUGACCUGCCUCAAUCCUGUCAUUGGAUACGAUAUGGCCAGCAAAGUCGCCAAGCAUGCUCACAAGAAUGGCUUGACGCUGAAAGAAGGCGCCAUGGAGCUCAAGGCUUUGUCCGAGGCGGACUUCGACAAAUAUGUCCGGCCAGAGCUCAUGCUGGCGCCGGCGAAGAAAUGA